AUGAUGCUUUUCAAGCGUCAUGUUUCGGAAGAUAUUGAAGCAGAUUUAAAUCGAGGAUAUGAUACUUUUGUUGAGAAAAGGGGUAAUGAGUUAAUGGCACUAGAAAAAAACAUUUCGUUGGAUAACAUUCAUUUUGUGACAUUCCGUAAUAAUCUAAACAAGAUACUGGGUGCUGCUUACAACCGGCAUGAACCUUGGGAAAUGGGUGUGCAUAAGAGAAACGGAACCAUUUAUCUGGAUGUGCAUAAACUGCCGGAAAGGCCACAGAGUGACUUAGUUCGCCGCAGAUGUUACUGGGUUAUUGUUUCGAAAGCCUUGCAACCGAAGAUCCAGACGGAGCCUAUGGUGCAGAAAUACAUCACGUGGAUUCCAAUGUUGAGUUUUGUUCAGUUGUCAAAACCAAUCUCGGAGCUCACCGUAUUCUGA